UAAUAAAUCAUCUACCCACUCUUCUUGUCAAUGUAUUUUUCUUGAUGAAGGUGAAAGUCGUUUUGUUUCUGGUUUCUGAGACGUGGCCAAUCCAAUAAAGUUCAUAAAAUUGUAUAGCUGGACACGUAUUAAGGUAUUCGUGAAUUUAAUAAAAUGCCACUUGUAUUGCAUGCAGUAUCAGAUGGGCCCCCAUCUAUAGCAGUAAGAAUGGCCCUAAAAGCCCUUAAUGUGGACUAUAAAUUAGUCAAUGUUGAUUUUAUAAAAGGCGAACAUAUGACUGAAGAGUACGCAAAGAUGAACCCCCAAAAAGAAAUUCCUGUACUCGACGAUGACGGUUUUUAUUUAAGUGAAAGUAACGCAAUUUUGCAAUAUGUGGCAGAAAAAUUUGGCAAAGACGAUCGACUAUAUCCAAAAGAAUUAAAACAAAGGGCCAUUAUUAACCAUCGCCUUUGUUUCAAUCUCUCUACUUAUUACAGAAAUAUAUCAGAAUAUGUUAUGGCUCCUAUAUUUUUUGCGUAUGAAAGAACCCCAUUAGGUUUAAAAAAGAUACAUAUUGCUCUGGAUGUUUUAAACACCUACCUGGAAAGAUUAGGGACCAAAUAUGCAGCAGGAGAAUAUGUAACUAUAGCAGAUUUUCAAUUAAUAACAGCAACCAUGUGCCUUGAAGCGAUAAAUAUUGAUUUUUCACAGUAUCAAUUGGUAAAAAAAUGGUACAAUACGUUCAAAAAAGAGCACCCUGACUUAUGGGCGAUUGCUGUACCAGCAAUGAAAGAAAUAAGUGAUUUUGAAAAACUUAACCCUGAUUUAAGUCAUAUGAAUCAUCCAAUUCAUCCUGUUAGAAAAUGAAAAAUAUAAAAAAUUAUAACA